AUGGAGGCUGAUAAUGUCGAUAUUGGUGGACCGGCGGCUGAGGCUCCAGUAAGUUCACGCUGGAACCCCACAAAGGAGCAGAUAGACAUGCUUGAGGGCCUGUAUAGGCAAGGGAUACGAACGCCGAGUGCUGAGCAAAUACAGCAGAUAACAAGCAGGUUAAGGGCUUACGGUCACAUUGAAGGGAAGAAUGUGUUCUAUUGGUUUCAGAAUCACAAGGCACGGCAAAGGCAGAAGCAGAAGCAAGAGAGCAUGGCUUACAUCAAUCGCUAUUUUCAUAGGACUCUGCCAAUGUUUGGUCCUUGCCCAAAUGUUAUUUGCAGCCCAUAUUACCUACCACAGAGCGAUAGAGGGCUCUAUCCUCAAUACCACAAUCCAAAAGUUUUGCUUCCUGGUGGGAUCAGGAGGAGGCCAAAGACUGAAAAACGAGAGAAAUCAAGAGCCUUCGAUGAUGCAGGAUACAACACUGCCCUCCAGGAAUAUGAUACGCUUCUGCCCAUCAAUAGUCAAGAAACAUUGCCUCUUUUUCCAUUGCAUCCAACAGGCAUUUUACAAGGAGAAACAGGAAAGUCUUCCAUUGGCUCUUCUGCUAACAACUCCACUAAAAAUCCUAGCUUUUCUGAGGUUGAAGAAGGUUCUGGUGACCAACUCUUCUUUGAUUUCUUCUCCAGAGAGGGUUCCUGUGAAAGUCAUGGCUAAAUGUUAUUUGCAGAAUUAUAGUACUGACAUGCAUGCAUCGAUCCGUUAGCGUAAAUAAUAAUUGAGGAUUGCUUAUUUAGUUUAAUUAUGUU